AUGAGUGACGGUAAUGAACAUAAGAUCAACCAGAUGAGAAGGGCAUCGACGGUGAUGGGUCCUAUGAACAAGAUCUUAGUUGCUAACAGAGGUGAAAUCCCUAUCAGAAUUUUCCGUACUGCUCACGAAUUGUCGAUGCAGACGGUGGCUAUCUUUUCACACGAAGAUAGAUUGUCGAUGCACAGAUUGAAGGCGGACGAGUCGUACGUUAUUGGCAAAAAGGGCCAAUUUUCGCCUGUGCAAGCAUAUUUGCAGAUCGACGAGAUUAUCAACAUAGCUAAGGAGCACGGCGUUAACAUGAUCCACCCGGGAUACGGGUUUCUCUCGGAGAACUCUGAGUUUGCCAGAAAAGUCGAGGAAGCUGGUAUCUCAUGGAUUGGACCUACCCACAAGACUAUUGAUGCAGUCGGAGACAAGGUCAGUGCCAGGACAUUGGCGAUCCAGAACGGCGUGCCAGUGGUCCCGGGAACGCCAGGACCAAUUGCUGAUGUUGAAGAGGCGGUCAAGUUUGUCGAAAAGCAUGGUUUGCCAGUUAUCAUCAAAGCUGCCUUUGGUGGUGGUGGUAGAGGUAUGAGAGUGGUCAGAGAGGGUGAUUCAGUGGGCGAAGCCUUCGAAAGAGCGGUUUCCGAAGCCAAAACCUCCUUUGGUAACGGUACCUGUUUCAUCGAAAGAUUCUUGGACAAACCUAAGCACAUCGAAGUCCAAUUGUUGGCCGAUAACUACGGUAACGUCAUCCAUCUUUUCGAAAGAGACUGUUCUGUCCAAAGAAGACAUCAAAAGGUUGUCGAAGUAGCUCCUGCCAAGACGUUGACCAAGCUGGUUAGAGACGCCAUUUUGACCGACGCCGUCAAGUUGGCUAGACUGGCUAACUACCGUAACGCUGGUACUGCUGAAUUCUUGGUUGAUGAACAAGACAGACAUUAUUUUAUUGAAAUUAACCCCAGAAUCCAAGUCGAACACACAAUCACCGAAGAAAUCACCGGUGUUGAUAUCGUGGCUGCCCAAAUCCAAAUUGCUGCUGGUGCAUCCUUGAAGCAAUUGGGCUUAUUACAAGAUAAAAUCACGACUAGAGGGUUUGCUAUUCAAUGUAGAAUCACCACCGAAGACCCUUCGAAGAACUUUCAACCUGAUACUGGUAAAAUCGAGGUUUAUAGAUCCGCUGGUGGUAAUGGGGUCAGAUUAGAUGGUGGUAAUGGUUUUGCUGGUUCAAUUAUUUCUCCUCAUUACGAUUCCAUGUUAGUCAAGUGUUCGUGUUCCGGUUCCACCUAUGAAAUCGUCAGAAGAAAGAUGUUGAGAGCUUUGAUUGAAUUCAGAAUCAGAGGCGUGAAGACUAACAUUCCGUUCUUAUUGGCUAUGUUAACUAAUGAAACGUUUAUCAGCGGUGAUUGUUGGACUACUUUUAUUGAUGAUACUCCAUCCUUAUUCCAAAUGAUCCGUUCCCAGAACAGAGCCACUAAGAUAUUAAGUUACUUAGGUGACUUGAUCGUUAAUGGUUCUUCUAUCAAGGGUCAAAUUGGUGAACCUAAAUUGAACACCGAAGCUUUAAUUCCAGAUUUGCAUGAUCCUAAGACCGGUAUUAAGAUCGAGAUUCAUAAUGAAGUUGCUCCAAGAGGCUGGAGACAAGUGUUAUUAGAACAAGGUCCGGAAAAAUUCGCCCAAAAGGUUCGUGAAUUCAACGGUACCUUGCUUAUGGAUACUACCUGGAGAGAUGCCCAUCAAUCUUUAUUGGCCACAAGAGUCAGAACUAUCGAUUUGUUAAACAUUGCCCCUACGACUGCUGUUGCAUUGAACGGUUGCUUUGCUUUAGAAUGUUGGGGUGGUGCCACUUUUGAUGUCUGUAUGAGAUUCUUAUAUGAAGAUCCAUGGAGCAGAUUAAGACAGUUGCGUAAGUUGGUGCCAAACAUUCCAUUCCAAAUGUUGUUAAGAGGUGCUAACGGUGUAGCUUACUCUUCAUUACCAGAUAACGCCAUUGACCAAUUCGUUCUUCAAGCAAAGGAAAAUGGUGUUGAUAUUUUCAGAGUUUUCGAUGCAUUAAACGACUUAGAACAAUUAAAGGUUGGUAUUGACGCUGUUAAGAAGGCUGGUGGUGUUAUUGAAGCCACUGUUUGUUACUCUGGUGACAUGUUAAAGCCUGGUAAGAAAUAUAAUUUAGAAUACUACUUAGGUGUCGUCGAUGAUAUUGUCAAGUUGGGUACACAUUUCUUAGGUAUCAAGGAUAUGGCUGGUACUUUAAAACCUAAGGCAGCAAAAAUCUUGAUUGGUGCAAUUAGAGAAAGAUAUCCUAAGUUACCAAUUCAUGUCCACACUCAUGAUUCUGCUGGUACAGGUGUUGCCAGUAUGACCGAAGCUGCAAAGGCCGGUGCCGAUGUUGUUGACGCCGCAUCCAACUCUAUGUCUGGUAUGACUUCUCAACCUUCAAUCAAUGCUAUCUUAGCUUCGUUUGAAGGUGAAGUUGAAAGUGGUUUACAGGCCUCAUUGGUUAGAGAGUUAGAUAACUACUGGGCGCAAAUGAGAUUAUUAUACUCAUGUUUCGAAGCUGACUUGAAGGGUCCAGAUCCUGAAGUUUACCAACACGAAAUCCCAGGUGGCCAAUUAACUAACUUGUUGUUCCAAGCCCAACAAUUAGGUUUAGGUAGCAAGUGGAUGUUGACAAAGGAAGCUUAUAAGACUGCCAAUAAGUUAUUAGGUGAUAUCGUUAAGGUCACCCCAACUUCUAAGGUCGUUGGUGACUUGGCACAAUUUAUGGUUUCUAAUAACUUAAGCGAAGAAGAUGUUACUAAGUUAGCAAGUGAGCUAGAUUUCCCAAGUUCUGUCUUAGACUUCAUGGAAGGUUUAAUGGGUACUCCAUACGGUGGAUUCCCAGAACCUUUGAGAACUAACAUCUUGGGUACCAAGAGAGUCAAAUUGAAUAACAGACCUGGUCUCAAUUUACCUCCUAUCGACUUUGCUGCUGUCAAGGAAGAGCUUGUUUCCAGAUAUGGUUCCAAUAUCAAUGAAUGUGAUAUUGCUUCAUAUGUCAUGUAUCCAAAGGUCUAUGAAGAUUUCAGAGAAUUAUCAGAAAAGUAUGGUGACUUAUCUGUAUUACCAACUCGUUUCUUCUUGAAGGCAUGUAAUAUUAAUGAAGAAAUUGUCGUUGAUAUUGAAAAGGGUAAGACUUUAAUUAUUAAGUUAUUAGCUAUUGGUGAAAUUUCUCAACAAACAGGUACCAGAGAAGUCUUCUUUGAAUUGAAUGGUGAAAUGAGAUCGGUCACUGUUGACGAUAAGACUGUUUCUAUUGAAACUAAGACCAGACCUAAGGCCACUAGCCCUAACGAAGUUGGUGCUCCAAUGGCUGGUGUGGUUGUUGAAAUCAGAUCAAAGGUUGGUAAUGAAGUUAAGAAGGGUGAUCCAAUUGCUGUCUUAUCUGCCAUGAAGAUGGAAAUGGUUAUUAGUUCUCCAGUUCUGGGUAAGAUUGGUGAAAUUCUCAUAAAGGAAGGUGAUUCCGUUGAUGCUAACGAUUUGAUUGCAAGUGUUGUUAAAUAA